AUGGCCGAGAGGUUGGGCGUCUUCGCCUUGUUGUUGACCCUCGGUUCCCCGGCGGCUUCGGGCUCCAGUCAGCCGCACAUCGUAUUCAUCCUGGCGGACGAUUUCGGCUGGCACGACGUAGGCUACCAUGGCUCGGAGAUCAAGACGCCCAACCUGGAUAAGCUGUCGGCAGCAGGGGUCCGCCUGGAGAACUACUACGUCCAGCCGCUGUGCACCCCUUCGAGGAACCAGCUCAUGACCGGACGAUACCAGAUCCACACGGGCAUGCAGCACCAGAUCAUCAUGCCGUGCCAGCCGUACUGCGUCCCGCUGAAUGAAACGCUGCUGCCUCAGCUGCUAUCCCAGGCGGGCUACGCCACGCACAUGGUGGGCAAGUGGCAUCUGGGCAUGUACAAGAAGGACUGCUUGCCCACGCGCCGCGGCUUCCAGUCCUACUUAGGCUACCUGACGGGAAGCGAGGACUACUACACUCACGUGCGGUGUAGCCCCAUCGCCGCUCUCAACCUGAGCCGCUGCUCAUUGGACCUCCGUGAGGGCGAAGAGGCAGCCCCGGAAUACAAAGGCCAUUAUUCCACCGAGCUGUUCAGCCAAAGAGCCGUGCAGAUUAUCGCCAAACACGACCCCGUAAAGCCUCUCUUCCUAUACGUGGCACUGCAAGCCGUUCACGCGCCGCUGCAGGUGCCCGAGCGCUACGUGGCGCCCUACGCCUUCAUCCGGGACCCGCAGCGUCGGACGUACGCAGGCAUGGUGGCAGCCAUGGACGAGGCAGUGGGCAACAUCAGUCUGGCCUUGAGAAAGGCCGGACUUUGGGAAAACGCUGUUCUGGUCUUCUCCACAGAUAACGGAGGCCAGACGCUGUACGGCGGCAGCAACUGGCCGCUGCGAGGCAGGAAAUGGUCACUGUGGGAGGGAGGAGUUCGCGGCGUGGGAUUCGUGUCCGGGCCGCUUAUCAAGAGGCCGGGCAGGACCAGCCGGGAGCUUGUGCACGUAUCUGAUUGGUUGCCCACACUGUUAGGCUUGGCUGGGGGAAGCCUUAACGCCACUAAGCCUCUGGACGGAUUCGACGUGUGGAACGCCAUCAGUCAAGGAUUCGCCUCGCCCAGGCUGGAGCUGCUGCACAACAUUGACCCGAUGUACGUGGAUAUCGCCCCAUGUCCCGAAGCGAAACAACUGCGAGCAUCCUCUCGAGACGGCGGCAAAGAAGUCUUCCGCUCAGGCUUUAACGUGUCCAUCCACGCCGCCAUUCGGUCCGGAAACUGGAAGCUGCUCACGGGAUAUCCAGGUUGCCCCGUUUGGUUCCCGCUGCCCGACGGCAACGUCUCGUCUCCCCGCCUCUCGGAGCCCCUGAAGCCCAUCAUGCUGUUCGAUGUAGAGAAGGACCCCGAGGAGAGGAACGAGGUGUCGGCAAGUCACCCCGCCGUGGUGGACCGCCUCCUGGCCCGGCUGAACCACCACCAGCAGAGCGCCCUGCCUGUCCACUUCCCAGACGACGACCCCCACUGUGACCCGGGGCCCACCGGGGCCUGGGGACCCUGGGCCUAG